GCUGCCGCGCGCGCGCACUCGGCGAAACGCAAACUGGCAGAGCGUGGGGGAGAACGGAGCGACGUGUGUUGAGGUCGUAGGGGAGGGCUGCGCACGCGCACUCGGCGAAGCGCGCCGCCUGCCAAUCCUUUUCCCGUGCUCCUCCGCGUGAGGAGAGGCAGGAGGCGCGAACUUUCCGUCUUUGCCGCUCUUGCUUUGCUGUGUUUCGUCGUCUUCGAAGAUGACGGUGGCCACUCUCAUUUCUUCUUGCCUUUGGUCCGUCGGGCAGUCGGUUAGGAUCCGCCACUGCCUUCGGUUAGUCAGUCGGACUGUGUUACUACCCUUCACUCAAUUGGCCCAGUAGUACCCUCAGGCAGCCAUCCUCCGCGACCUCCCUUAGCCAGGCCCAGAGCUGGCCCGCCAGACUUGGCUCUUCGUCAGCACGGCAGUCAGGGUCACUCUUGCCCUCUGCCUAGUCUGAGAGUUGGGCCUACCCUGAGGUUUAUUCUGCAAUACAGUGGAUACAGUUUGUUAUGGCUACUCUGAGUGUCAUAGGUUCAAGUUCACUUAUUGCCUAUGCUGUUUUCCAGAAUAUACAGAAAUCUCCAGAGAUAAAGCCACUCUUUUAUCUGAGCUUCUCUGACCUCCUCCUGGGGAUAUGCUGUCUCAUUGAGGUACUUCUCUAUGGAACUUCAGCAGCCAAUAAGGACAUAAUCUGCUAUAACCUGCAAGCAAUUGGUCAGAUAUUCUACAUUUCUUCAUUUCUCUACACCGUGAAUUACAUCUGGUGUCUGUACAAAGAGCUGAGGAUGAAACACAACCAGAGUGGACAGAGCACAUUUCCCCUGGUUAUAUAUAAUAUUUGUCGAGUUGGUCAAAUAGCCAUCAUUUUGUCAAGCCUGAUACCUUUGCUGUUGAUGAUACCUGUAUUCUGUCUGGGCAAUGCCAGUGAAUGUUUCCGCAACUUCAGCCAGAGCCACAGGUGUAUCCUGAUGCACUCACCACCAUCAGCCAUGGCUAAACUCCUGCCUUCUGCCAACACAUCAGUCUGUAGCACACUUUAUUUUUAUGGGCUCAUCAUUUUCCUGGCCAGCUUUCUACUCAGCCUCCUUACCAUUGUAGUCUUACUCAUCCAAGCCCAGACACUGUAUAAGAAGUUUGUAAAAUCAACUGGCUUUCUAGGGAGUGAACAGUGGGCAGUGAUUCAUAUCGUGGAGCAGCGAGUGCGCUUCUACCCAGCGGCUUUCUUUUGCUGCUGGGGCCCAGCUGUCAUUCUGAUGAUCAUAAAGCUGAUCAAACCACAGGACACUAAGCUUCACAUGGCCUUCUAUGUUCUCCAGGCUCUAACAGCAUCAUCUCAAGGUCUGCUCAACUGUGGAGUAUAUGGCUGGACACAGUACAAGUUUUUUCAACUAAAGCAAGAGGCCCGGCGUGAUGCAGACACCCAGACACCAUUGUUAUGCUCACAGAAGAGAUUCUAUAGCAGGGGCCUAGAUCCAUUGGAGUCUACUCUUACUUUUGCUACCAGUACCUCCACCAUUCGUUGAAACUAUAAUACUGGAAUAUUCAGGAACUGGAGUUAUUUCACACUAUGGGAUUGGGGAAAGUGUUGGGGAACAACAUCUUAAAGUCUUUUCUAACCAUGCCCUUAAACUGUGGAAGAAAAAGGGCAUAUAGUGCCAUGGUUAGUAUCUGUUCUAGGUAAAUUGGGCAGGAUCUCUUCAUUAAUCUCAUUCACUAGUGAUUCAUAAAGUCUUUGUUCAGGGAGUUGAGGCCACUUUCCAUCUAAGAGACAGAUUCAUAUUACCUGGACGAAUAUUAGAUUUGUCUAAGCCUUUUCAAGAAAAAAAUAAUUUCCAGUUAUUAUUUAUGUGUGCCACUUCCAGAGUCUCUACUCCAUGGUUGUGGGGAGCAGGGUGGCAUACCAAUUUGCUUAGAUCUUGUCAUUGCUAUUACUGUCUCUGAGGGUGGACAAAGGAAGUUCUGGGUUUCUAUGCUUUGAAGAGGUUUGGAAACUCAGAAGAAGCAAGGACAACAACUAUGAAAAAAGUGACAGCGGGCUCCUUAGAUUCACCACAGUUUAGUCUCCUAUAUGCUCAGUAUUGUUCUAGGUCUUGGCAGUAGGGCCCAUCCUACUCGAAAAUUAAGGCCAGUCUCUUGAAGUUACAAGGGAUCAUAAGAUUAAAGAGAAACCACGACUAAAAGAAACUCUAAGAAUUGAAAACUCUAAACUGUCAUUUAUAAGCAGAAAUCCAAAGUAGGUUUCAUAGUGCCUGGACAUUGAAUUAGGUUGAAUCAUAUGAACUUUCCAUUUUUGUAGGUGAAAAUAUCUAAUAUCAUCAAUUUUACAUGGUUCAACCUAACAGUAAGUGCUAAGUAUGUUUAUAGAAUAAAUGAAUGAACAAAUGAAUGAAUGACUAAUAAGUAUAAUUUGAACCUUUUGGAAAAGAAAAGAUUCCUAGACUACAGAGCCUCAGUUAUGAGUAGGAAUGUCUAGUGUUUCUUCCUCUUCAAUCGUAUAACAAGUGAUGUUUAAUUUCUCCAGUUAAUUUAUAAACAAGUCCAAUCCGAGGCCAGGACAUCAGACAGAGUGACUAGAGUGAUAGUCUGGAACUAAUAAUCAAUGCUUCUGGCCUGAUAAAUUCCCUUGGUUUGUCCAGGGCAAAAUCCUUAAGUAAUCUUUCCUUCGGAGAAUUGACAGAGUAAGUUAUAAUGGGGAAUUAGUAUCAUCUGAAAAGUAAGUUCCAGAGAGCUUUCCAAAGGAGCUUUCCAUAGGAGUUUUAGGGAGCUCAAUAAUAGUUCUUUAGAUUUAGGCCAUGAGCCUUACUCUCAAGGGUGCCUUGGCCUUGUUCUGUCAAGAUUACAUCUUGAGGCCUCUCAUUGCUCCAUAACUCUGGAGACCUGAUCUCUGGGCAGCACAGAACAAGAAAGAUUGCCUCACCUAGGGAGCUGCUUUGACUUCUUUUAACUUAAAAAGUAACAAACAUUUGCCAUAAAAAAGUCGGAUAGAAGCAAGAAAGAAUUCCCAUUUCUAUAGGCCUUGAGGGACACCAGAACUGAGUACAGUUCUUAAAACGUCCUUUCAGUAUUACUUCAUAUUUGGUUUUAUUACCAGAAAUAAGAUAAUUACCAAAUAUUUAUCUUGCUUUUCUGAUGUAUUUUUUUGCAUUGACACUGAUCUUAGAUCUUUUAUGGAUGUAGCCAAACAAAAAUAUAGUGGGAAUGAGGAAUAAUAAAAGGCUAAUAAGCAAGACCCAGAUUAGGAUUAUCAGUAUUUUUUAAAAUUUAUUUUAAUUAGUUUCACAUAUACAGUACAUUGGUUAGACAUCUAUAUAGUUGAUAAAAUGAUCCCCCUAAUUGCUCCCUCCCUCCCCUGACCCUCCACCUAGCAAACGUAUUAAUGCUAACUGGAUUAUCAGUAUUUUAUCAUAGUUAGAGUCAGAGUUCACAUGGAACCGGGCACUAUUUAAACAUCACCUCAUAACCCUGGAAUUUACAUGUAGGAGAAGCAUAGACAUAGAUAUAAUGGCAGUUCUUAAAAUUAUUCAAAAUACCCCUCCCAUGACACUAGUUCAGGUUGCAGUCAAAGAAGGUAUAGUAGGUCCAAUUAACACACAUUUUCUGAGGACCAUGUGGGAUACCAUCCUUCAGCUCCUCUCAUCAGCUCUCUCUAUGGCUUAAUAAAACUCUACCUCAACACCAUGUGUCCUGCAUAAGGAACUGGGUGUUGAUGGUUUUCAAUGUGUGGAAGCUUUUGGAUGCUUUCACAUAGCAGCCUCCCACAUAUUACAUCUCUAGCCUUGCACUUGCUGAACGCCUAAAAAAUCUCUAGCCUUGCACUUGCUGAACGCCUAAAAAAUCACCACAGUUUCCAGACCCAUUCCUCUUGGUAUCCAUGUAAUGGUAGCAACUGUCCCAGGCAACUCUUGCACCUUUCCCAAGGAUUUUAGCAUGCUGAUUCUCCAGGCGUCGCCACUGGCCCUGGUAACAAUAACGUUGUUUUUUGCAAGGGGUGCCUACCAUCUUGCUUGUAGGGAUUUGUCUGCACCACUUGGACAUACUAUUACAGGAUUCUUGGAGGUCUUACUGAUCCACAAUGAGGUAACAGGAUGUGAUUGCCUUUAGAAAUUAAAUCUGCAGUUUUUGGAGCAGGAUCCAAAUGCACAAUUUGAACCCUUCUUCAGCCAGCAUGAGGGCGGACAGUGAUCCUUUUGACAGUCAAGGACACUGCCACAGUAACAUUCUUUUCCUUUAUCCACUCCCUUAUUCCCACUAUAUGACUUUCCAAAGUAGUUCUGGAGCUAAGUUUAUGAAACAAGCAGUCCUUGCUGUGCGUAGUAACAGCUAAUGGAAAUACUAGAAGCUGCAGUUGCUGAAGCCGAUAUCUAUAGUCAUAAGUUAAUGCAUAGUACAAAGGUUCUGGACAUGGCAUUUGCAGGCCACAUGGUCAUGCUUCAUUCUCAAGUUGUAGCCAACCUCGAGCCGUGAGAUCUGCAUAAUGUCGUAUAUCUUCAUGAGAGAAAGAUUUAACACUGGUUACAUUCUUAGCAGUGUAGGUACCACUGAGAAACGCAUGGCCCUGGUACUUUCCAAGACUUUGGCUAAUAAUCAUAUGAGCAACAUCAGGUUUCACCCUUCUCAAAAGAUGCCCGUCUCUCCAGCAGUCAAAAUUAUUAACUAUUUCCUGUAGAUCCAGGGAGAUUUUCACUAGGUUUUUCUCUGUCCAUAUCUCUAACCUAGUAAAUACUGCUUUCACGUUUAGCGCCUUCAUAUACUUGUUGACCAGAACAUGGGCAUUCAUUAUCAUCUGUGUUGUCUUGGUAACAUUAUUAUUUGGAAUUCUUUAUUGUCAGACACAAUACACAAUUUCUACAUACUUGGGAAAUGUCCACAUACAGGACAUAGGAACUGAGGAGGAUUCUGUUCUUCUCUGAAAUUGUGAAGUGGUGAAGAGUUCGUCCUGUUCGUCUCCGCUGAUUGCCCAAGACUCAACUGAUUUUAAGGAUAGGCUAGAAAUAUGUUCAAAGUAUAUAUAGACUUGAUGUGAAAGACAUUGCCAUGUAAGGGCAGGAUUCCCUUUAGCCCUGAGCAAGUGCUGAUGGUCAUGAGAGAAUCCAAGUUACCCUCUGAAUAUCCAGUCAUCCUGAGCAAAAGGCAUGUCCAAGCCCAGUUUCCCAUUUUGAUGUGUAUAAACAGAGAACUUCUUGACAAUCUUUUCUUUUGCUUGAAAUUAAUAAGAUGUCAUUUUUUUUUUUUGUAUGGGCAGGACAUAGGUUGCAUUUUCUGCUUGUUCUUUCAGUCUUUGAACAUCAUCAGGUUCCUAGGAAUGAGUAUUUCAUAAUAAAGAUUUUCCCAGUUACAAUGCAA